CUCCCCGGCGCCUCGGUGUUGGCUGCAUUCAGUGGCGGGUUCCGCGGUGGACGCAGCUCCGGCGGGCGGGCGCUGCUCUCGCUCAGUCGGAACAAGCCCUCGGCCGGCAUCGUUCAGCGGGCAGCAGCCGCAGGAGGAGGUGCUGCUGCAGAGGCAGGAAGGCAGGGAGGCAGGCAGGAUGCUGUCCCGACUGCGCGCGGCCGCGGCGCCCGGCGCGAUGGCGCGGCGCAGCCUGCACACCAAGGAGAAGGGCAAGCCCCUCAUGCUGAACCCUCGCACAAACAAGGGCAUGGCCUUCACCCUGCACGAGCGGCAGAUGCUGGGGCUGCAGGGCCUCCUUCCUCCCAAAAUAGAGACCCAGGACAUCCAGGCCCUGCGCUUCCACAAGAACCUGGCAAAGAUGACCGACCCCCUGGAAAAGUAUAUCUACAUCAUGGGCAUCCAGGAGAGGAACGAGAAGCUGUUCUACAGGGUGCUGCAGGACGACAUUGAGCGGCUGAUGCCCAUCGUCUACACUCCCACCGUGGGCCUGGCCUGCUCCCAGUAUGGACACAUCUUCAGGAGACCAAAAGGAUUAUUUAUUUCCAUCUCAGACAGGGGCCACAUAAGGUCAAUUGUGAACAACUGGCCAGAGAAUGAUGUUAAGGCUGUCGUCGUCACUGAUGGAGAAAGAAUAUUGGGUCUUGGAGACCUGGGGGUGUAUGGGAUGGGAAUUCCAGUGGGAAAGCUGUGUUUGUACACAGCCUGUGCAGGGAUACACCCAGAUAAAUGCCUGCCUGUCUGCAUCGACGUUGGCACUGAUAACACAACCCUCCUCAAAGAUCCCUUCUACAUGGGGCUGUACCAGAAGAGGGAUCGCUCGCAGGUGUACGAUGACCUGAUAGACGAGUUCAUGGAAGCCAUCACAGACAGGUAUGGCCAGAACACUCUCAUCCAGUUUGAAGACUUUGGGAACCACAAUGCGUUCCGGUUCCUGAGGAAAUACAGAGAGAAGUACUGUACCUUCAAUGAUGAUAUCCAAGGCACAGCCUCGGUGGCCUUGGCAGGACUGCUGGCAGCACAGAAAGCCACUGGCAAACCACUCACAGACCAGAAGGUGCUGUUCCUUGGAGCUGGAGAGGCCGCCCUGGGCAUUGCCAACCUGAUAGUGAUGGCCAUGGUGGAGAGCGGCGUGUCCUGCGAGGAGGCGUCCCGGAGGAUAUGGAUGUUCGACAAGCACGGCCUGCUGGUUCAGGGCCGAGAGCACAAGGUGGAUUCCCACCAGGAGCCGUUUGCACACAAGGCUCCAGAGCACGUACCAAAGACAUUUGUGGAGGCAGUGAACGUCCUUCGGCCUUCAGCCAUCAUUGGCGUUGCCGGGGCGGGGCGCCUGUUCUCCCAGGACGUGCUGCAGGCCAUGGCCUCCAUCAACGAGCGACCCAUCAUCUUCGCCCUGAGCAACCCCACGGCGAAGGCGGAGUGCACGGCCGAGGAGGCGUACACGCUGACCGAGGGCCGUUGCCUGUUUGCCAGCGGCAGUCCCUUCGAGCUGGUGACUCUGAAGGAUGGAAGAACCUUCAAGCCAGGCCAAGGAAACAACGCUUACAUUUUUCCAGGCGUGGCUCUGGCUGUGAUCCUCAGCAGCGUCAGGCACAUCAGCGACAAGGUUUUCCUAGAGGCUGCCAAGGCAUUGGCAGAGCAGCUGACAGAUGAAGAGCUCGCACAAGGAAGACUUUAUCCUCCACUGUCCAAUAUCAGGGAAGUUUCUAUUUAUAUUGCUGUCAAGGUGAUGGAGUUCCUGUACGCCAACAACAUGGCCUUCCACUACCCCGAGCCGGCCGACAAGAGCCGCUACAUCCGCUCCAAGGUCUGGACCUACGAGUACGAGUCCUUCAUGCCGGACGUGUACGACUGGCCCGAGUCCAAGCUCUAUCUGAAGCCUGUUGUACUGUGCCAGUGGAGUUGUGCAUCACUGGAUUCCAGAGUACUGGGGACACACGCUUCCUCCCUUCUGCCAGCAGCCCAGCUGGGCAGAGGAGUAACCAAAACACCCCAAAACGCACUGAUCUCAUGUCCCUGAGAGCUAGCAGUGGCCACAGAGGCAGGGGAACCAGUCCCUAGCUCUGCCUUAGGACAUAAAGAUCUCUUUCAUCUUCUCCAGAUUUUUUUUUUUUUUUUUUUUUUUGAUACAUAGGAUUUUAAGAUACAUAGAUUCAUGCUCAGUUUUUCUUCAGGUACAGUUAAUCCUUGAACGAAUUACAACUGCUAAUCUCACUGGCUAGUAAGGAACCAGUUUCCUUUUUCAUAUUCUACUUAACAUGAUUUUUUUUUUUUUUUCUGUUUGCUGGCUUAUUCAAAAUAUUUACUGGUCUUUAUCUGUACAGAAAACUCUCUUAGACAGUAUGCAAAGGGAAACAGCUGUCACCAGGAUGCAUUUUGUCAUGUUGCAUAGUGUAAGUUUAAAACAUACAUCACCUGAAGGACCACCAUGUUGUAGCUUGUCACACAGCCCCGGUGACUUGCCCUCCAAAAUGAUAUAAAAGACUGUCUUCCGUGUCUCUGGGGUGUGCAGAACCCUUCUGAGGGGAUCAGGAGCUUGACUGAGGUCAGUCUUUCCCAGGAUUUGUCCAAUCCUUGCUUCCUUAAAACCAGCAGGAGCAGGACUGAGCCUCUAGGCAGCAACCUGUAGGAAUGUUUAGGGCAGAGUAAAGGUACCUGAGGGAGCACAGCCUUUCUUCAUAAAAAACCUGUGUUCCUGUUCAAAGAUGUUGCAAAGGUCUGUGUGUUCCUGAAGCCUCUGCCCAGCACAUGCAGAAGGAGACAAUUAGAACGUUGUGUCUGAUCAUUUUAAGCCCCAGUGCCACUCGUGGGCAGUGGCGCAUCCUGGUCUGUCGUGUUGGUUUUCCAAGCUUCACACAGAGUGGUGUGUAACAGGUUUCCUGUGCUCGGUGCGUGUCUUCCUCCUGUACUGUUGUUUCCAGCACGCUGUUUUACGGGGAUAAAGUAACUCUGCCACACUCCUCUGUAGUAGCUGCAAAGAUGAACCGUUCACUUUCAGUUUCCCAUUAGCAGCCCUCCGUGGUGACUGUUCCUGUGGGAGAGUGGGGAUCACUGUUGUACAGCUCCAACCCGGUUUUGGUUCAGCUGACCCGGUGCCUCGGGCAGUCCCAGCUGCUGCUCUCCUGCCCCAGAGGUGCAGAGCUGAGCUGAGCUCAGCAGCUUGGGCUGCUGUCCCCCUCGGAGCGCUCCCACUGUCGUUUCUGGGCUCCCUGGCACGACCCACGCUGCUGCCCCGCUCCAGGGACGGGGAAACCAGAGCCAAGCUCUGACUGCGCUGGCUUGGCAGCUGAAUUUGAGCAAAGCCAUUCAGCUGCUGCUGCUGCUGGGGGCGCCUCUAACGCUGUGUGCACCUGCCCUCUGCCAAGAGACUCUGGAGAGCGGGGCCAGAGCCGAUGGCACAGCGCCGCGCCCGCGCUGCCCGUGCCCAGCUCUCCGUGGCACACCCUCGGUGGCACUCGGUGGCACUGGCUCCGUGACACCCGCGGUGGCACCCGGGCCCCGGCUGCAGCUGGGGGAGGAGGUUCUGCCAUCAGAGCUGCUGCAGGAGCCCCGAGCACGAGGGGAGGCCGGCGCUGGACUGAGCUCUGCUCUCCACCAACCACUGACUUGGACUCGUCUCCAUCCUUCCUAACGGGAAUAAAAACACUCCUAGGACUAAAGAUGGCUGGUUUGUCAACAAAGCAGCAAAAUAACCUGUGUUUAUUGCUACCUUAAACAUAUCUACCUUGGGCAAAUCGGUGUAAGCCUGCUGGGGCGCCGGUGGGAGCAGGUCCAGCCUGAUGCCUGCGGGGUUGGCUGUGCUGGGAGGGUCACUGCUCAGCUGAAACUAAAACUGUGUGUAAAAUGUGAACUGGUUGGGGUUUCUUCCUACUUUAUAACGUUGUAACUCUAUUGAAAUGUGUGUUCUAGUCUUCUAUUUUCUUAGUAAAAUGCAUUCCCUUUGCCU